AAACACGUAAAGUACACUAAAUGGAGAGCAUAGCCGUUAGCAAGUAUUGUCAAUUUAAGCUUCUUCUAAUUGUAUUACUUAAUAGAGAGGUCACACUGGUGGAACAAGCCUCUUCUUAUAGCCCUUACUGUCUGAGAAGAGGGAGUGACAUCAUCCUAAAGACUAAAGUGACACCGGGAAUGGAAAUUACUCCAGAGGCCCUACAAAGGAUAAUCACCACGCUGGCCAGUAAAAAUGAGGAGCUCCAAAUCUUCAUGGAAUCACUUCGUCAUUCCCUGGCUGGUGUCCAGGUGAAUACCACACAAGCUGUGUCAGAUCUAGAGGAGGAGUUUGACACGCUGUUUGCUGUUCUGGAUGAGAUGAAGGAGAGUAUGACCAACACAAUCAAACAAGAGGGGGCCAAGAAGGCAAAUGAGCUACAGAAUCAACUGACACAGAGUACCAAUGCGUUGGAGAGUGCAGAGGAGCUACUGGAGUUUGCCAACAAUGCUCUGGACAUCAAAGACGAGGAGGACUUUACUAAGGCUGCCAAGCAGAUCAAAGAUAGAGUCACCAUGGCCCCAGCAUUCAGACUGACCAUGAAGCCCAAGGCCACAGAGAGCAUGAGUCACCUGAUGGUGGACUUCUCCCAGGAACGACAGCUCCUCCAGAACCUCCAGUUCCUGCCAGUGCCCCGUGCCCCAGAGAUCGAUGUAGGCGACUGCCUGGUGUCAGACAACACUGUGUCGAUAGCCUGGAAGAUGCCUGUUGAAGACAGCAAGAUUGACCACUACAUCCUUGAGUACAGAAAGACCAAUCACGAAGGACUACCUCGUGUCAAAGACGAACGAAGCUGGGAGGUGGUAGAUUCUAUCAAGACCACAGAAUACUCACUGACAGGUCUGAAGUUUGACUCCAGGUUCCUGAACGUCCGAGUUCGAGCCUGUAACAAGGCAGCAGCUGGGGAAUAUUCUGACCUAGUAACCUUGGAAACCAGAGCGUUUAACUUUGGCUUUGAUUCGUCAUCGUCCCACUUGAACCUGAAGGUGGAGGACUGCAGCGUGGAAUGGGACCCCCAGGGAGGGAAGGGGCUGGACAGCAAGGUGAAGGGCAAAGAGAACAAGGGCAGUGCACACCUAACCAAUCUGAAGAACAUGGCAAGAAGUGGAACUCCAUCUCCCAAGAGAACGUCGAUGACGCGGUCACCUGCCAUCAGAGGAGGCAGAGACAGGUUCACAGGGGAGUCGUACACUGUGUUAGGUGAUUCCAGUAUGGAUGGAGGUCAGCACUACUGGGAGGUGAAGGCCCUGAAAGACUGUAAGUCCUACAGCGUGGGCGUGGCCUACAGGAACCUGGGCAAGUUUGACCAGCUCGGUAAAACCAACACCAGCUGGUGCAUCCACAUCAACAACUGGCUGCAGACCUCCUUCGCUGCCAAACACAACAACAAGGCCAAGAGUCUGGACACAGCCGCACCAGACCGCAUCGGAGUCUUCUGUGACAUAGAUGGAGGACAACUCUCUUUCUAUAACGCUGAAACAAAGCAGCUGAUCCACACGUUCAAGGCUAAGUUCAGUCAACCUGUUGUCCCAGCCUUCAUGGUUUGGUGUGGAGGUCUAAGCCUGUCCACGGGCAUGCAGGUCCCCAGUGCCGUCAGGAGUUUCCACAAGACUGAGAACGGUUUGGGAGGAUCCAACAGCAGUCUGAACAGCAUGGCCCAGUAGCCACCCGCUCAGUGACCACAGCCCUAAUGAACUCUAUUCACUGUGUAGUGCACCACUUCCAACCAAAGCCUGCGUAGGGUCCUAGUAGGGUUAAAGUUGUACACUUUAUAGUGAAUUGGGUGCCACUGUGGACACAACCAAACGAUCAACUGAACUGGCUCCUGUUCUGACUUCCUGCUUCCUGUGCAAGUACAACUCUUCCUGUUCCUGAUAUGUCAGUUGUAUCAAGCCAGCCGCUGCAUCUGCCAUACAGGCCAAAACCCUGAGCCUUUAUUUUGUCUGGAGGAAACAAAACCAGCCUCGCCUUCGCAGCUCCUUGCAGUUUAACCAACCAGCUCCAGACCUUUCAAGGAAGCAUCAACCUUUAAGAUCAAAUCCUGUUCCUGGACAAUGACUGUCUUGUGGUCUUCUAAUCCUCAGAUAGCACACUUGAUUCUAAUAAUUAGCUGGUUGAUAACCUGAAUCAGGUACAUCUGGGGUUGGACAGAGAGCAUGCAGGACAGUACUGCUCCAAGAAAAGGGUUGGACAAUAAUCUAGUUCUAAUGUAAAGUGUCGAGGGAACCCCUUAACCAUGCUUCAGCGUUAGGUGUCGAGGGAACCCCUUAACCAUGCUUCAGACUUAGGUGUCGAGGGAACCCCUUAACCAUGCUUCAGCGUUAGGUGUCGAGGGAACCCCUUAACCAUGCUUCAGACUUAGGUGUCGAGGGAACCCCUUAACCAUGCUUCAGCCUUAGGUGUCGAGGGAACCCCUUAACCAUGCUUCAGACUUAGGUGUCGAGGGAACCCCUUAACCAUGCUUCAGAGUAAGGUGUUGUGGAACCCCUUAACCAUGCUUCAGACUUAGGUGUCGUGGAACCCCUUAACCAUGCUUCAGAGUAAGGUGUCGUGGAACCCCUUAACCAUGCUUCAGAGUAAGGUGUCGUGGAACCCCUUAACCAUGCUUCAGCUCCCAAACACAGUGCUUCCCAACUCCAGUGCUCCAUUACUCCCAAAAGCACAAUGAUUAGUUGAGUCAAGUGUUUUCAAGUGUGCUUAUCUGGGGCAAAAAUAAACAUGUCUGUUUGGUCUGCUGGGAGACUGACACAGGGACCCACUGUGUCAGGAUACGACACCUAUAGGAUAGUAAUUCUGUAUCAGGAAUGCUAGGCGCUUAAUCAGGGAAUAGAUGAGUGCACUUUGUUCUCCCUUGUUGUAGUUUGAAUGCUGAGUUGUAAAUCAUUCAGUCUCUCUUGAACAUGUGAAGGUGUGCUUUGGUAUGACGACAAACCCUGUUGAUGAUAUGCCAGCUGUAUAUUAACUUGUGUGUGUGUGUGUGUGUGUGUGAGACUGUAUGAAGGUGAGACUACUCUAUCAUAGAGGCAAUGUUUUGUUUGAGCCCCUCUGUUUCUUCAGAAUGCUACUGUAAAUGCAUUGUUUGAACAAAACUGGAAGUUCACCCUAUCCACGACCUGAAGUAGGCUUGACUUAAAUGAUGUAGGACGUUUGCACAGUGUAUGAUACUGUAUGAUACUUAGUGCUGCUUUGGAUGCAACCCUUUUCUUAUGUUCACAAGUUCUGCCUCAGACACUGUCCGUUAGCUGGACCAGGCUGGGGCGGACAAGCAUCCCAAAUGGCACCCUCAUGUCCAUAACGUGUACUCCUUUUGCCCCCGAGCUCCAGUCACCCUGCUCAAAAUCAGUUCACCAUGCAGGGAAUAGGGCACCAUUUACGAUGCCUCCCUUUGGAAGCUGGACGUUGUACGUGUUCUUAUUCAUGUCUUCUGCGUGCCAAAUGGCACCCUGCUCCCUAUAUAGUUGAGAAAUGCACACUAUAUAGGGCUUAUGGUGCCAUUAAGGGACACACUUUCAGUCAGUUGCCACUACUAUUACUGUACCAUUAAUGCGUUGAGAAUGUCAUGCCAUAUGGCUCAAACAGCGGGACUUCAAUUAGCUACACAAUUUGAAAAAGGGCAAAAAAAGGGAGAUAUUAAUAUAUAUUGGUAAUUAUGUUGAUAAUUGUGGGCACUGUCAGCUUGAGUGAAAUAUCUGUCAAAUAAUUGUGUCGAUACCAUCACCAAAGAUUUUUUUUAAAGGGGGAAUUGUAAUGGAAAUACUUUAUCUUCUGCCACCUGGUGUAUGGAAGAUGUCAUUGCAAUAAUUCAGCAAAGUGGAAAAUAACAGCUGGUCAUAUUGCUCAACACUGUCAACACAUUACAUUUCAUGUAUUACUUACAUUAUAUUGUGAAAUUAUGAAUAUUUUCUGUUGACAUAUUUAAGUUAUCUCAGUGGUCUUAAUGUAAAAAAAAAUCUGAAUUAUUGUGCAAAAAAUUAUUCUUACAAAACAAUAACUGACCCAUUUAUGCAUCAUUAUCAAGUCUCAUAUACUAGUCAUGGAACUGUUGUACAUUUUUGGUUAUUUUCUACCAUAUUUUUCAUGCUGGUGUUCUUUGUUGGGCCCUAUCAGAAGGAACGUGCUGUUGUCCUAACGUGGGCCAACCCUUUGAGUAAAGUUCACACUUUACAAAGAUAUUUUUUGUGAUAUUUGACUGCAAUAUGUGAUUCGUUAGAUCUCUCCUCUCUGUUGAACACCAAAUAAACUGUUUUCCCCCAGGC